AGAUUCAAACGUCGAGGCGGGAGAGGGGUGUGUGGCGUGAGAGAAAAGCGGUAGGAGUUGGAGACUGAGAGAGAUUUAAAGGAGCAAUUCCACCCCACCCCGUUUGCUGGUCUUCAAAAAGGUCCCUUUUACUGGGCAGGAGUCUGCGCGCGUUUGUUUCUCGCCCCCCUCACCGUUUUAUUGUUCCUGCCCGUAGGGAGAGGGGCUGUAAAUACGUGUUAGUGAGCGGUCGUGUGGAAGAAGGCAGAGAAGUUGCAGGCUCCCCAAGCGUGGCAACGGUAAGGCUACUUUUUGUCUUCUGCACCUUUUAGGUUUUUCUUUAAAACGUGGGGAGGGCAAGUUUUGGAAAGCCUUAAUAGUGGUUGAACAACAUCAUCAGUUCUUUUUAAGGUAGCAUCUUAAAAAGCAGAGACAUCACCUUGCCAACAAAGGUCCGUAUAGUUAAAGCUAUGGUUUCCCCAGUAUUGAUGUAUGGAAGUGAGAGCUGGACCAUAAAGAAGGCUGAUCGCCGAAGAAUUGAUGCUUUUGAAUUAUGGUGCUGGAGGAGACUCCUGAGAGUCCCAUGGACUGCAAGAAGAUCAAACUGAUCCAUUCUGAAGGAAAUCAGCCCUGAGUGCUCACUGGAAGAACAGAUCGUGAAGCUGAGGCUCCAGUACUUUGGCCACCUCAUGAGAAGAGAAGACUCCCUGGAAAAGACCCUGAUGUUGGGAAAGAUUGAGGGCACAAGGAGAAGGGGACGACAGAGGACGAGGUGGUUGGACAGUGUUCUUGAAGCUACCAACAUGUGUUUGACCAAACUGCGGGAGGCAGUGGAAGACAGGAGUGCCUGGCGUGCUCUGGUCCAUGGGGUCACGAAGAGUCGGACACAACUAAACAACAAUUCUCCCAAGGUGGAUGCAAUGCAGCAAUAAAAUAUACCAUUAAGCAUUCUAAGGUGUAAAGUGUGGUAAUAUAGAUAUAGAGUUUAGCAACAUUAAAAUAACAGCAGCAUGUAAAACGUUUCUUUUUAUAUAACUGGAAAGCGUGUUCUUGGAUAGUGAGGUUACUAGGGGAGCGUUAUCUUCAAACUCCAUUAGGAAGCUUCCAAAGCAUCUGCCUGGCCCUAGUAUGCUGGACUGAAGAGGCCUUGGCUUGAUCCACAUUUUUAAGGAUUUAUAAAAUGCUUAACGUGAAAUAUCAAAACAAAAUUGCAAAGCAUAUUAAAAGUGAUUUGUGGUAGAUUGUAUUGGCCAUGGGCUAAAGUAAUAAUUAGCUGGAGGAAGGCCUGAGUAAAAAGCAGAGGUUUGAGUAGAUGUCCAAAGCACAGGGCAAUAGGUGCCUGUCUAAUCAAGGAGGGGGCAGAAUUUAAUAAUAAUUGUACAACCGUACUGAAGGCCUUGUCAGUAGCUGCACACUGAGCACUUCAUCUUUUGAGUGUGGAGAUAUAGCGGUCAAGGUGAUCUACAAAAAAGCCUGGACCUGAGUUGUCUAGGACCUUAUAAAAAGUUCAGUCUUGCAGUGCAGUGCCUACUCAGAAGAAAAUUGCUUUCAGUGGAUCUUACUCUCAGGAAACAGAGAUUCUCAAGGACCACCUCUGCUGGAGGGUAGCAGCAUGAGAACGGGUCUUUUCUACUGUGGCUUCCUGCUAGGAAAUGCUCUCUCCCUCACCUUCAUUAAAUAUCUUCAGGCACCAGGCAGAAACCUUUCUCCAUAACCUGGCCUUUGGCUAUUGUCUUUUAAUUGUGUUUGUAUGUAAAAUACAUAAUAUGUAUUUAUGUUCUUGUUUUGCAUUUUUAUGUUGUGAACCGCCCUCUGAAGGGUGGUAUACAAAUAUAACUAAUAAUAAAAUAUUUGAAUCUGUUUGUUUAAAUAAUCACUGCCAUUUAUUCUUUAUAGAAGGGCUCAAAGUCCUGAGCAAAAUUAAAAUGCACAGUCCCUGGCCUGAGGCUCACAAAUUAGAAUGCAGAUGUAUAGCUUAGAUUAGCUACAAUAUACUAUUCCAUGCUUUAUUCUGUAAUAACAUCAUUUGUAUAUGGCAUAGUAAAAGAGGCAUCAAAGCCUGAAACAAAGCACACUAGCAAGCUGUAGCUAUAGCUGGUUGCUUUUUGAGGAAGAUAUUCUUUGAAUUAUUAGGGUGAUGGCUUCUCAUAAAAUUGCAGUGUUCUUUGGUACUUUAUUUCAAAGGGAAUGGAAUUUCACUUCAACUUGAAUCCAAAAAAUAUAAUUAUCAGUGAUAAUAACACACACAAACACAAAACUGUGGCAUUUCCUAUGCACUGAAAAGUCUCAGAAAUGUCAGAUCUUUGUGGGUGUUGUAUCAAUGGUAGCUAAUGACAACACACAAUAUCCAGCAGUGUAUGUGACACAAAUUUAUUCUGCUGCAGGUGUUCCUUGGAUUAAACUGAUUGUGAGGAAAGUCUCUUGCAAAACAACCAAAUUUCCCAAUGCUGAGCCGUUAAAACUAUUUAUUUAUUUAUUUAUUUAUUUUUAUUACUCUUCUAUGGCUUGUGUUCUGCCUAUUUGUUGAAAAGUUGCUCUGUAUUCUUUCUGUAAAUUAUGCCAAUAGCAACAAAAACCUGCUGCUUUGUCUAGGGUUUUCCUUCACUAUGGACGUCAGCGGCAUGUUCUUCAACAAACUGCGAACCUUAGCGGUCACUGUGGAAAAAGAGGCCGAGCAGCUGAAGCAGAUUUUUCAGAGUGAUGACACAGGUAAGGAAGACCCAUGAAACUAAAAUAAAAAAUUACCUGGUAUUUUAUUAUUUAUUGUAUUUUACAUAGUAUUCUAUGGAAUUCAAAUUGUAAUACAAUAAAAUAUAAGAAAUAAAAUUGUAAUUACAAAUCAUACAGCAUCUAGCACAGUGCAUUGCUACAAUGAGGUGGAAAAUGGUCCAGCAAGACCAUUAGUGAUUUUUUCAAAUGGUCCGUAGGAAAAAUAGUUUGGGAACUGCUGUCCUGCAGAAUACCUUAAAGAUACUGAAUUGUGUUUUCUUUCUAAAUCCAUUUUCAUUUAAAAACAUGGCUUGAAGAAUUUGAAGAAGAUUCACCAAUGAGGUACUUACACGAACUGUUCUCUGAAGUCAGAACGCUAAAGGUACUUUUGAUCCAUUCUCCACAACCCCUGCUCCACCUUUUAAAACUCUUGCUGUAAUUUCACUGGUUAUGUAUUAGGUAUGCCAAGUUCUAAUUCACUGAAAUUCUAAAGAAAGAGCUAGUCAGCAUUGGUUCGAGUCCUACCUGGUACGACUCAAACCAAUGGCUUUAAGUUACAAGAAAGGAGAUUUCCAGCUAUACAUCAGGAAGAAGUUUCUGACAGUAAGAGCUGUUUGACAGUGGAAGGGACUGAUCUCUCCUUCCUUGGAGGUUUUUAAGCAGAGGUUGGAUGGCCAUCUGUCAUGGAUGCUUUAGUUGAGAUUCCUGCAUCGCGGGGAGUUGGACUUGAUGAUCCUUGGAAUCCCUUCCAACUCUACAAUUCUCUGAUUCUAUGCACUCUGAAAUAAAGGACUAAAUGUAAGCAUGAAGAUAAGUCCUGUUUGGUAGUGAAUGUUUACAUUUCUGCAUUUAUGAAGUAAGUCACAUUAGUAGUGAGGGGUAACGUUUGUUUUCUUCCUGUGUGUCAGCUAUGAUUCUAAAUACGCAGGAAAAUUAAAAUACUUCUGUUAAGCUUGCACCAAAUUAUUCAUCAGUGAUAUACAAUGUUGGCUCUAAUCCUCCAAAAGCAUGUGGAGGAAUACUGUAUUUUUCGCUCUACAAGACGCACUUUUUCCCUCCUAAAAAGUAUGGGGAAAUGUGUGUGUGUCUUAUGGAGCGAAUGCAGGCUGCGCAGCUAUCCCAGAAGCCAGAACAAUGAGAGGGAUCGCUGCGCAGCGAUUCCUCCUGCUGUUCCAGCUUAUGGGAUUCAGAAUAUUUUUUUUCUUGUUUUCCUCUUCCAAAAACUAGGUGUGUCUUAUGGUCUGGUGUGUCUUAUAGAGCGAAAAAUACAGUAUAUCAUUCAUAUUUUGUAGAAGAAUUUUUUCCCUUCGUUUUUAAGAAAGAACCCUUUGUUGCUGCUUUUCUGUUGGCAAUAAUAAAAAAACUGAUGUCAUAAUCCUGCCAUACUGCUUGCUGACCUAUACAAACUGUUCAGUAUUGUCUAAAGAUAAAUGCUUUUUUUUAAUUGAAGAGUGAUGCUGAUAAUACUCUUUGUAAGAGUUCUUCAGAAAGAGAUGCUACAUAUUAUUUCUUGAAAGCCACUAAAGUUUUGAUGAAACAAACUUCAACAGAUCUUGGGAAAAUAAGAGACUUCUUCCAGAAAUAUGGCUACAAACCCAUUGUUGGCGAGGAUGCAGGUAACUAUGAAUAUAUUCCACAUUUCACUUAUCGCUGUAUGUGCAUUUUUAAAAUUAAAGAACAUAUUGGGUGUUUUUACAGAAUGCAAUAGAAGCUUUCAGCUUGGAAAUUACUAAUACAUUUGUUGCAUACUCACUCAUUCCAGUCAUCCUCCUUUUUUAUUCUAGUGUAAAAUGUGCUCGGAAUCCUUUUAAUUAAAAGCUCUGACUUAUAUAACUGCUAUAUGCCUAUAAGUACUGAAGCUGUGGAAGCUAUAUCCUUUAAUGUAAUUCUUUAAUAUACUUCCGAGGUUUCUGCCCAAGUGUCUCUUGCUGUGUUAAGAUUUGCAUAAUAAACCUUCCAUCCAGUUGCAGAUACUGCCCACAUUGAAUUGCUUUCAGUGAUGUUUGCAUUCAAGUGUGGAUCCAUAUUCUGGUGUAGCUAGUCAGGUUUACUUUUCUUUCUUUUUUUAAGCUGCAUUCGACUGGUAGAGUUCCUUGUUUCCUAACUAUGCUUAGGAGCUCUGGAAUAUAUUAUGUACCUCCCUCACUACUAUUUCUUCCUAUUACCCAUGAAAUUCCACUCCUCUUCUAUAGUUUGCUAUUCCAUUAUUAAGGGUAAAGGGACCCCUGAUCAUUAGGUCCAGUCGUGACCGACUCUGGGGUUGCGGUGCUCAUCUCGCUUUAUUGGCUGAGGGAGCCGAUGUACGGCUUCCAGGUCAUGUGGCCAGCAUGACUAAGCCACUUCUGGUGAACCAGAGCAGCACAUGGAAACGCCAUUUACCUUCCCACCGGAGCGGUACCUAUUUAUCUACUUGCACUUUGACAUGCUUUCGAACUGCUAGGUUGGCAGGAGCAGGGACCGAGCAACAGGAGCUCACCCCAUUGCGGGGAUUCGAGCCGCCAACCUUCUGAUUGGCAAGUCCUAGGCUCUGUGGUUUAACCCACAGCGCCACCCGUGUCCCCUAUACCAUUAUUAGUAUAUAUCAAUCCUCACAAUGGUUUAUUAUUAUUAUUAUUAUUAUGUAGUAACCAGGCUUUAUUAUAAUUUCUUUUAUAGUCAGUUUGAACUAGAAUUUUAAUUGAGUUUGCAAAGCUUGACUACAAGAGAACAGGGUGGAUAAAAAUCGAUGAUUUUCUUUUAAAACAACAGAUUUUUAAAUUUUUUAAUCAGAUUUUUAAACUUAAAUGCUUUUGGAGAAAAAAUCAUUCUAAAGAUAUUUUUCUAUUUAAGUUAUAAUCCAAAGGCUAUUCAUCAGGAAAAAGGGAUUUGUUUUAAGUUUUUCAUGUGUGCUAAAACUCAGUCUAAGAUUUAUUUAUUUUUAAUUGUUUAACCACAUCAGUUAACAAACAUGGAUACAUAUGCUAUAAUGUUAUUGUUUCAGUUAAAUAAAUUGUUUAAAUUGUUAUUAAGGAAAUGAUUAUUUUUCUCCUUCCAAUAACGUACAGCAGAAAAGUUGUCAAAAUAUAAACAGUUAACUUAUUAAACCUCACAAUAAUUUCAUAAUUAUCUGUCUAUGUAUUUCUAAUAGUAUAACCAAAUCAGAAAUUUUUGAUAUAACUGUAAAAACUACUCUGAAAAUUUAUUAUUCCAAAAAUGAAACCUUCAUCUGGUUGUAAAUAUUACGGUAAUACCGGGAAGAAUUAGUCUUCUUGUAAAAAAGAAAAAGAAAAAAGAUUAUUUAAAUCAGUCUUGCUGACUAGUGAUUUAAAUUGAUUUGAUUUAAAACAAAUCCACCCUACAAGAGAAUCUGCUAAAUAUUAAACCACAUAGAUUUAAUAUUGUGCUAAUUGUGCUAGAUUAGCAUACUGUGCUAAUACUCCUGAUCUCCUGCAAUUGGGAGAUCAGCAAUGUAGAAAUGGCUAUGAGCAAUUCAGUCUUUUUAAAAAGUUGGGGUUUAUUAUUAUUUAUUUUUUAAUUAAAGAUUUUCUUGUUUUACAAAAGUGUUUGCAAUGUCUCUCUUGUAUUUUUUCCCCCAUGUAACAUUUUUACAAAUCAGUUUCAUUUGUUGAGACAUUGGGAAGAAAAGGGGGAAAGAGGUGGAGGAGGGGAAAGAUGGGUGGGGGUGAGGGACGGUGUUACUAUUUUACUUAGUAUAUGUAGGGUUUGGUGUCAGCGUUUAAAGUUGGUUAUUUUUGAAACUAAGCAGAUUAUCUUUUUAAUAAAGCAAAACAGGAUGAAGCUGAAAUUAACCCUGAGUCUACUGAAGAAGAGCCCAAAAUCCUUGAUUUUCCUGAACAAUCAUCUGCACCUCAUGCUCUGCUGCAAAUUCCACAGCUUUCUGAUUUUGGCCUUUCAAAAUAUGCUCUCCCAAGUACUUCAGGCAUCUUGCAUAAUCAGCCCACAUAUGCACAGAAGGAGGAACCGAGAGUGGAUUAUUCUGAGCGUUUAUCACCCAAGGCAGAACAGUUUCGUAUCUAUGGGUAUAAAAUGGGUUUGAAUGAUGAUACCACAAGUUUAGUGGUAGAUCAAACCAUCUUCCUACUAAAUCCCAAAAACAGUAGGUAAGUGACAUCCUUUGAGAGUUACAAAAAUACACAGGUUCUUAUUUCUGUCUAAUGACACUUUCCAUCCUUGAGGUGAUCAGCCAGCAGAUUUGCAGAUUUUGUGUGCACACAAAUAUUUAGUGGGAGGAGGGUGAGACUUGCUGCUACCCUCUAAUGGCACCAUCAUUUUAGAGCAGUAGUCUUCAACCUUUUCUGACUCAGAACUGCACCCCCCCCUCCCCGUUUUAACCCAAGUAUGCACUUGGAGACUCAUUUUUUUCCUUUAAAAAAAAAAACAUGUUUAUACGGUGCUGGUACUGCUGUUGCAAUCUAUCUUGAAUCAGGCUGAGCCCAAGUAGUGGGUUCUGACCCCCCAGCUGGAAGACCAAUUAACCAUUUACUCUUUUUUUGAGAUUUUUUAAUUCUGCCUUUUGUACAAAACACUUUCAGCUAAUGGUUUCCAGUUUAAAAAAAGAAAAUGCACAAAAUAACUCUAUCCCCUUCCGGACGCCAUCAGUAAUAACCUAGCACUGGGGAGAAGAAAAGCAAGCCCCCAUCUCCCCAUCCAACCUGUGAUGGGACUGUGGAAGAGAGUGGAGCUAUCAGAAAAGAUGUCCGCAAGUGUGGGUGAUGGAUCUGUGUUGAAGUCAUGAAAGAGGGAGAGUAGAGGGCAUCUCCUUGAGCCUCUUUAAUAAACUGCAGUCUCCCAAAUAUUUGAGUGCAUGUACUUUGUAAUGUUCCCUUCCAAGAGGCUUACGGCCUAUAAUUCAACACAGGAGGAAUGGGAUGGAAAUGGAGACUGGGGUAAACAAGGAAAAUGUGUCUAUUUUAUUUUACUUGUGCUUAAGUUUGUUCCCCUCUGCCCAUUCACAAUUACUGAAAAGAGAAGGGAGUUGAUAUGAUGUGACAAUAUUUUUGUCUUAUCCUUAGGCAAGCUAAUAAUAAGCCGAGUGAAUCUGCAGUGGAAUUGGAAUCAAACAAGAACCUAGCUACACCUAAGCAAAAGAACAAAUUUUGUGGUAAGCCCUGUGUAUUCAGAUUAGGCUAGUGAUUUCUUUUCCGUAAGGAACCCUUCAAAUGCCCUAGGCUUGUAACUAAAGAGAUUCCAGAGUAUAGGGUCUGAAGGCAUGUGAGGCUGCUACCUAGCUGGAACUUGGCAGGUCUCCUGGGAACACGUGUGCCGUGGGGGUCUGUGAGCUAGAAGAAAAGUAAUGAAAGUAAAGAGUUAUCCAAAGGGAGCCUGUGGAGGCCUGGUUUCAGGGAUAUUCCAGGCUCUCUUAAUCAGUUUUCUUUAAAAAGAAGUAAGUCUUUCUUGUGUGAGCCUUUGCUCAGAAGUCAGUCUCAUUUUAAUAGAGAUUAUUCCCUAGAAAUUGUGUUUAGAAUUGCAGCCUAAUAAGUAAAUCUGUUCUUCCAGUGUUUUGACCAAUCGGUACAAAGAAAAUAACUGGGAAGCGCAUUUAUUUAGAAAUUGAAUAAAAAAUAUUUUUAAUUGAUAUUUCAUACAGUUGAAUAACUUACAACAUCUUGGGCUAUCCAAAUAUAGGUUGAAGCUGUUCUGCACCCCCUGCCCUUAAAAACCUUUAUAUACUGCCUUUCUGUCUAGAAAAGGGUUCAAGGCAGCUCACAAGUUUCAUAAAAACAGUCUAAGAAAAACAAAGAACAGGCAGAAUGAAAGCUGAAAUAAAAUCUAGUAAGCAGCUCCAAUUUAAAACCAGGAGCAAAACAAAACAAUUGCCUAUUCAACACACCUAAAGGCUGCUGGAAUGAAAAAUGUCUUUGACUUCAUUCAGGAAGGGGAUAGGUUCUGGAGCCUAGAGGCAACCAACCACAUGAGAUACCACCAUCAGUUGAACAUCAGAUGGUGGGACAAGCAGGAGGGUGGCCCUAGUUGAUAUUGAAGGAGGCGGCAGCCCUUUAGAUAAUUUGUUCUCAAGGUGGGCACCAUGUUGGCUGCCCCAGCCUAAGGUCAUAUCCAGUACAUUGAAUUUGGCCUGGAAAUGGACCAGAAACCACUGAAGUGGGUAUGAACUGAGAGAGUGAUGACAAUUUAUCCCGAUAAGGAGUUUCAGAAUUUGGGAAAACUUGUUUCUGGCAAUCUGAUUUCAUUAUCUGAAUGUAACUGUUCAGAGGCAUGUAUCAAAUUCUGCUAUGCAGAAAGGCCAAAAGCUUGCAUUCACCAGUGAUGAAAGUUUCUAUAGCAUUCAGAUAUAAAUCUCUGGGUCCAGUGAGAACUCUUCAUUCAUGGAAGUGUGGUCCUCAGUUCUGCAUUUUCAUCCUUUUACACCUGAAUGAAUUUGUAGACUCACUAUCCAUGUGAAAUUGCCAAUCAUAUACUGUGUUUUCAGAUGACGAUUAUAUGGCUUCACCCGCUGCACCUGAGUUCUGCACACCUGGCUUGAAGAUUCCCAGCAGAAAGGAUGCCAUAUCCCCAGAGAGUAAUAAAUUGGAUGCCUCUAAUCAUAUGACAGAAACGUCUCUUCCAGAUACAGAGCCUCUGAUAACAAAACCUAAAGUAAGGACUGAGUUUUUAUUUUGUAAAUGAAAUGGGUCUCUUAAUGGGACUUCUGCACCAUGCUGUACUCAUAGGAAAAGCUUUUAACAAUGAAGAUCUUCAAAGGAUGUCUUAACUGCCUGAUUUUUAAAAUAAAAAAAAUUGUCCUUGUAUUUCAUUAUCUGAACAUUGCAAUUCUUUGGGUCUUUUUCCUUACAGCAGACAUGUGUCCCAAAUAAUACAGUUGUUGGAUACGGCACUGUUCCGCAUGUCCCUCAUUCAGACAAGUAUCUGGAGUGUCUUGAACCACCUUCAGCAGCACUGGAUAGGCUUGAAGAACUGCUUCCUCCAGAAAUAUCAGAUUACAGUAGCCUGUUCAGUUCCCCUCCUCCUCCUCCUGAAAUAACCGUGAUUCCAAGGCAGAUUUCUCAGGUGAACAAGUUAAACCUUCCUGCUGCUAAUGCCGAUUUUGACAUUUUUGCCAGCAAAUUGUUUUCCUUGUGCAUGGAAAGUAUAAAACUUGGAAAGGUCCACGCUUCUCCAACAUCAUCUACUUAAUUAUUAUUAUUUUUUGUUACAGAUCUUGUCAAAAUACAAUCCAAAGGUAGAAGCAUACAGAUCACUGGAAAAGGGGACUCGUGUAGGAAUUGCUACAGAGUUUGAAAAACAGCCUGUUCUUGAUACUGGGAACAAAGAAAACAGGUGAGAUUUGAGCAUGAGGUAUUCCACACACACCUGUCUGGCUUUUCCAGACACUCGGUGGAAGUAGCAUUGUACUAUGUGCAGGCAUAUGAGGCACUCGCUGCCCCUUGCAAAGGUCUGGCAUUAGUAGGUAGAUUUGUGGCAUGGUGUCCAAAGAACAGGACCCCUACUCAUCCCUGCCUCUUGCUGUAUAUGUGGGUUUGCACCCAGCCACAAUUCCAACCCACCACAUGGCAUCAAUGAAAGCUAGCUGCCUGGGAACUCUCCUGCAACCAGUCAUAGUUCUUGGAAACACUGUGUGGAUACGGAGCUACUGCCAAUAUCUUGUUGAAGUUUUAAGAUUCAGUAUAUAUUAAGAAUAGCUCUGGAUCAGGCCAGCGGCCUGUCUAGCCCAGCAUCCUGUUCCCACAGUGGUAAACCAGAUGCCUAUGGGGAAGCCCAAAAGCAGGAUUUGAGCAUAACAGCACUCUUCUGACUUGAGAUUCCUUGCUGCUGGCAUUCAGAGGCAAACUGCGGCUGACACUGGAAGUAGAACAUAGCCACUGAGAGCCUUAUCAGUGUCUAAUAGAAAGGAGGACAGACUGAAAGGUGGGAUUGGGCUAACUGAAAAUCCCAUUACUCAAAUCAGCUCUCGUUGCCUGGGCAUGACCCAGGUUUAUUGGAGGAAAAGGUGAACAGGAGUUCAAAGACUGGUAAAGAAGGAAUGCAAUGUGUUUCCACUUUCAGACUUAGCAGUUCAAUACAAGAGUGAAUUUUUAGACAUUUAAAAAACAAAACAAAAAACAAGAUGGCUGUCCUUUCGUCAAGACCCCUAUGAAAUGAAUACAAAUGGGCAUGUUUCAAUGGAAGUCACUUGAACAUAGUGCCAAUAUUAUAAUUUAACGGCUUUGUUUUUUGAUUACAUUUGCAGAAAGUAAUAUGGAUGAAGGCUAUGACUUGGCUUUUUAGAGGCUGCUAUAAUGAAGAUUGUCCAGCAAACUCCAUGGGAAAAUAUCAGAAUAUUUAUUUCUAACCGUUUGGCAACCAGUUUAACUAAAACUAUAGUCUCUUCUUUCAUUUCCCCAGAGACCCCCAAAUACAUUAUGAAAACCUGUAUCUCCAUGCUAAUGGAAGUUAGGACUGCAUUUAUUAAGUAUUUGUUUAAAUUCUGCUUGUGAGCUGAUACGUAAGGAUUGUAGAAGCGAGGGGGAAACAGUUAAGAGUGGCCUACUCUGCUGCCCUGCUCUUAAACUAAUUUGAUCUUUGAAUCCACCCUCCCCCUGCCCGCAAAUUUUCUGCAUAUUUUUAGGACUGCGGGAGUUGCCAUUGUGGUUUUUUAAAUUUGAUAUUUUUUUUUAUUAAAAAAAGUUAGAUGGAACAUUC